GAAGGGGAAGAACCACCCGGCCCCAGUUCCUGCAUCCCUCACGUCCCUACUGUCUAGAUCAGGGAGGACUUAGAGAGUCGCCACUUCGGAUUCUGGCCCCCGUCCUCCGCCCGAGGCUGGGCCCUCCGCCUGGCUCAGCGCUCUCUGCCCGCCGCCCCUUCAGAGUGGUCCGCGCCCAAGGCCACGCCCCCGCCGCUCGGCGCCGCGCAAGUCCCCAAAUCCAGCUCCCUGUCCCCGGCGUCUCCAGGGUUCCCUGCCGCCGCUUCUGCGCCUCGAUCUUCUGUCUCUAGCGACCCCUCCCUCCUUCCUCCAUGGCGUCGCUCCUGUGCUGUGGGCCGAAGCUGGCCGCCUGCGGCAUCGUCCUCAGCGCCUGGGGAGUGAUCAUGUUGAUAAUGCUCGGGAUAUUUUUCAAUGUCCAUUCCGCUGUGUUAAUUGAGGACGUUCCCUUCACGGAGAAAGAUUUUGAGUAAGUGGUCGGGGACUUAGGCGAGCCUGGGCGCAGAUGAGAAGUAGCAGGGCCUGGGCUCAGAAUUAUGUGGGAGACACCGCUAAUGGCUGGACGUUUAUGGCCUUAAGUUGGGGGACUGCAAGAAGAGAGCUGCUGUCUAUAAAGGAGUUCAGUGGCAAACGUGGGCUUAACAUGCAAGGACCUAGUUUCAGUCCCCAGCACUAAAAAAUGUUUUUAAAAAAUGCAUUUUAGGCCGGGCGGUGGUGGCGCUCGCCUUUAAUCCCAGCACUUGGG